AUGGCAAUCAUGGGUUACAGCUCCGUUGGCUAUAUGAACAGGGUGGUGAUUUUCAUGCAGACCCAUUCUCACUCUUUUUCACCUGCCAUGCCUCGCUGUACAACCGUCGGGUGCACGUACUUCGCUAAGGACCCGCGACUUCUCAACAAACAUGUCCGCGCUGCACAUACAGAGUUUGCAUUCGUCGGCGGUCUUAAAUUGCGUAGGCACAGCGACGGUUCUUUCCAUUGCCCUGCGUGCAACAAGUCAUCGCCCGAUCCCCUUACCCUCAGCACGCAUCAUAAGCGGGAACAUCUCCCUGCUGACGAUCCACCUCUCAACCUCGACCAGGCAGAUCUGAACGACGAUGGCCUCGAAGGGGGAGGCAGCCCCAACCAUGAGGAGGAAGGCAGCCGCCCGGCAAACCAGAGUCGGAGCCCCCAUCCCACCCCUCCAAUCCGUGACGAACUUCCCUCUCCCGCCACCUCCAGGAAGCGUAGGAGAUCCAAAAAUCACGCUUCCAAUCAGGUUCCUCGAGGAGUAGUUUCAGUUCCCUCCGAUACGGCUGAGCCUACGGCAAUUCCUACCUUAUCCCCCGCUGAUUCCCGCACUGCCAUCGCUGCCCUCCACGGUAUCAGUUUCAUCGUCGACCCAACGUACAAACUUGCAAUAUGCAUCGACUGUGAGAUCGCAGUCCCUGCCAAGCACGUUCGCGGCCAUGCUGUAGGGCAGCAUUCAUUCAAAGCCCCUCCCCAGGAUGAGCUCGACGCCAAUCUGGCCUCUUUAGGAUGCGUCGAUAAGUUCGUUCGACCCUUGGAAACCAUUGCCCCCAUCGUCGGCCUCAAGCUGCUCAAGGGUUUGAUGUGUACGGUUGAUGGGUGCAAGCACUUAACGGCGGCAACGC